AUGAGGUUGCUGUUCGUGUUUUUCUGCCUGGUUUCCGUGACUUCGGCUUGGUAUUGGAGACAUUCGGGAGGGCAGAAGAAGGAAGACUGCAAAGAGGGUGAAGAAUUCCUUGAAAUGAGCGGCGCUUGCGAUCGUGAAAUCUGCAGCGGCACUUCAUUCCCGUGCACCCGUGAAAUGACGUCGCACAUUUGCUUAUGCAAAUCGGGCUUGGUGCGUAGGGCUGAUGGACGAUGCACGAAGAAAGAAGAGUGCUCCCAAGAUGAAAUCAACGCAAACCCCAUGGGGCGCAAGGAC